GAGCGUCAGUGUGGAGCUGCAGCAGCUGAGCGCCUUGUCUCCUACGCGAUCAUGGUUCAGUUUGCCUGUUGCAGACGCGUGUUUCCUCUCAUCUGAUGCGCAGGCUCUUCUCUCAAAGUCUCCAGCUUCAAUCCAGGGAACAGAGGGAGGUCGCUGCCGCCUUCGGGUCAGAUCGCUGAAGAACUGCAUGACAUAUAUUUGGGAUUAAGAUGGUCAUCAAGGUUUACAUCGCGUCCUCGAGUGGCUCUGUGGCGUUGAAAAAGCAUCAGCAGUCCAUCGUUGGUUUCCUGGAGGGCAAUCGCAUCAACUUCCAGGAAAUAGACAUCACCAUGCUGGAGGAGCAAAGGCUGUGGAUGUACCGCAACAUACCCCAGGACAAGCAGCCAGAGAAAGGCAACCCGCUGCCUCCGCAGAUCUUCAGUGAUGACUGCUACUGUGGGGAUUACGAAGACUUCUUCCAAGCGAAGGAGAACAACACUGUGUUUUCAUUCCUAGGCCUCAGUUCCAAACCCUCAGUGAAAGAUUCAGAGUCAUAGAUCCAGCUGCUGGUGGUGUCACGUCCAGGAGACCUUCAAAGACGAGGACACAAACCGCACCGCUCCCUGUGUGACCCCUCCUGACUUAAAAAAAACUGUCUCAACAACAUUCCGUCAUCAGUGAAGUCCCAGAGACGUGUCUGACUCCCAAGAUGCCACAACAACUUUACCACAGAAGAAUAGUAACCUUAGGAUGGAGGCGUUUGUGUGUCCUGCUUGUCUUUAACGUACUGUCAUAGUAAAAUACAGUGACAUGAAUUCGGUGCAAACAAGACGACAACGCAGCAGUACUUCAAUAAUGAGGUGCAGCAGAGCAGCACAAGCCACCUGAACACACUCCUGUGUUGUAGGUGCAUGCCUUAAUGUGUGUGUGUGUGUGUGUGUGUGUGUGUGUGUGUGUGUGUGUGUGUGUGUGUGUGUGUGUGUGUGUGUGUGUGUGUGUGUGUGUGUGUGUGUGUGUGUGUGUGUGUGUGUGUGUGUGUGUGUGUGUGUGUGUGUUUCCAUCAGCAGCUGUUAAUGAAGGCUCUGUUAAGUGAGGGGGAGCUGAGAUGUAGCACUACAUGCAACCUGAAACAACCCGAGGCCAAGCAAGUUUGUGUGUGUGUGUGCGUGUCUGUGUGCGUGUCCGUGUGUGUGUCCGUGCGUGUGCUUGUGCGUGUGUCGCGUGUGCGUGUCAGGAUGCCUCCCCAGAGGUGACAGUGACACUGCAGCUUAACACAAAGCAGAUGAGACCAUCCUCUAAUUCUGAUUAUACAUCAUGCCGUCCAUGACCGUGUAGUUACUGUCAUCAAAUAAACACACAACUUGUUUUUUUAUCACUCCACUGCCGGCGUGAUUAAAGUACGCUUGCCCAGAUGUCUUACACAUACAAACGCACGUAUGCAAAAGCCACAACACAACUGCAAAAGCCGCACAACGAUAUUUGUAUUUUGUUUUUUCUACCAAACACACACAUGACUCACACGGGGGUAAACAGCACGUUCGUAGGGAUUAAUUAUAGCUGCAGAUUAGCACACAUUAGGGGCCUAUUACUGGGCAUGCUAGGCAACAGAAUGGUGAUUGUGGGAUUGACUUAAAAUCAAAGACAGUGCCCAGGUUUCUGAUAACGAAGGAACAUGUCACUCAGAGCAACAGCGGGGCUCCCUAAUCCAUAUCAGGCUUUGAAAAACGCAGACAGGGAUUUGUUGAUAACAUGACAAAUAUAUGUCAUCACCAGCUUCAGGCUCCCAUCAAAGCAACUAUAGACUAAGUGUAAUAUAUUACUCCAAGUGUAGCGAUGGAAGAUCUCAGAGAUUGUUGUUGCUUUGAGGCCAUUGAGAGGCAAAGCUCCCAGCCUCUGAUCUCCUCUUCUGCGCUUCCGCUUCUCUCUGUGUAAACUAGCGCUCUCCCUCCAGCCCUGUCGUCUGUACCCUGUGUCUUCCUUUUUUAAUGUCACCACGUGGCGUUGUCUCUUCAUGGCUCUCUCUCUCUCUCCUAUGAAAUCGUCAUGGUUGGGUGGUGUCGGGUGCAAACAAGCCGAAAAAAACACUCCCACAAAACAUUUCUCCUGAAUGUUGUGCCAUCUGAAAAAGGAGGAUAUGCCCUUUUUGAUUAACUUCGAGUCCCACAGGACAUUGCAUUGUUGCUGUAGAUCGUGACAGCACUCCUAUUUUUUACUUUUGCCAGAUCAUGACUUGAAUUUCUUUCAGUUUUUGUGAGACGAACAUUUGUCACACCUCUGUCUGCACUUAGGUAUUUCUAUCGGUUUCAUGAGAGCAUCACACUCACUGACACCUCACCGUGUGGGUUAUUUUGCACAACAAAGCCAAUUAAAAUACUUUUGAGUAUUA